AUGGGCUACCUCGAUGCCUUCAAUACCAAAUCUCCAAGGGGGGCCGAAGUAUCUGCAGACAAUACUGAGCAUAAAAACGUGGCACCCGAUAACGAUACCUUUUCCCAGUCUGGAGCUCAGACUUCGAAGCCCUCCAGUGAAAAUGAGAGUACUCUAGUCGAUGAGCCUUUGAUGAGAAAUUUAACUCUCAAUACUGACUUCGAGAAAGAACUUGUCAGUCGUAACACGCCAACGCCUGUUCUCAACGACUCCAAUAGGGAGUUGGUCCCCAGUGAACCGCUCAAUAAGCAGCCAACACAAGAAGACAGAAAAGAGGAUGGGGACACUCAAACGCCGGAGGACGAGGAUGGAUUUCCCAACGCAUGGAGAUUGACUUUGAUCAGUAUUGCUCUCUGUCUUUGCGUGUUCUGUGUGGCAUUGGACAAUACAAUUAUUGCAACAGCAAUUCCCAAAAUCACCGAUCAAUUCAACUCGCUCGACGAUGUCGGUUGGUACGGCAGUUCAUACCUCCUGACGACGUGUGCCGUGUCCCUGAUGUUCGGCAAGCUCUACACAUUCUACUCGAUCAAAUGGAUAUAUCUCAUCGCACUCUUCAUUUUCGAGGUCGGGUCGCUCGUCUGCGCUGUCACCCCCACCUCUGUCGGCCUCAUCUGUGGCCGAGCUAUCGCUGGACUCGGGGCGGCUGGUCUUUUCUCGGGCUCUAUCCUCAUCAUCAGCAAGAGUGUACCCCUGGUCAAGCGACCUAUGUAUACGGGUCUCGUUGGCGCCAUGUUUGGUAUCGCCAAUGUCGCCGGUCCUCUCAUGGGGGGCGCAUUCACCGACCACCUCACUUGGCGUUGGUGUUUCUACAUUAACUUGCCUCUCGGAGGAGUGACUUUCCUUUUCGUGCUUUUCUUCUUCCAAAGCCCAAAGGCCAUUCUGAAGAAGAACACCUUGAAGGAACAGAUCAAGGAGCUGGACCUGAUCGGCUCCCUCUUUUUCCUGCCCGCUAUCAUCAGCUUGUUGCUCGCGAUGCAAUGGGGUGGCACCAAGUAUGCGUGGGGUAGUGGGCGCAUCAUCGGCCUUUUUGUGGUGUUUGGCGUCCUCGGUCUCAUUUUUAUUGGCGUCGAGAUCUGGGCCGGGGACCGCGCCACCGUCCCGCCGCGUCUGAUCAAGAACCGUAACAUUUGGGGCUCGGCAUGGUAUGCACUUGCUAUUGGCGCUGCUUUCUUUGUCCUGACAUUUUAUCUUCCUAUCUGGUUCCAAUCGAUUAAGGGGGCAACCGCCUUGAAAUCCGGCAUCAUGAACCUGCCCACGAUCCUCUCGGUUGUGGUUAUAUCUAUCCUGUCCGGUGGACUCGUCACCAUCUGCGGAUACUACACCCCCUUCAUGAUCGCCUCGUCCGUCAUCAUGACUAUCGGCGCAGGGCUACUGUCAACCUUGGAGACAGAUUCAAACCACUCCAAGUGGAUCGGGUAUCAGGCGCUCUUUGGUAUCGGGCUGGGUCUUGGUAUGCAGCAGCCUAUGAUCGUCGCUCAGACCGCCCUUAAGCCAGAAGAUAUCCCCAGUGGCACAGCCAUCGUCAUGUUCGCUCAGACUCUUGGUGGCGCUAUCUUCGUCUCGGUCGGGCAGAACGUGUUCCAGAACCAGCUCAUCAAGAACUUGGCUCAGUAUGCGCCUGAUCAGGACGCUGCGAAGCUUAUCUCUGCCGGCGCUACGAUGCUCCGUACUGUGGUUAGUGGCGAUGCUCUACACCGUGUCCUGACUGCCUAUAAUGCUGCUGUCGUGCAUACGUUCUACGUUGCUGUUGCCAUGGGCGCGUUGUCGCUCAUUGGACCCAUCUUCAUUGAAUGGUUGUCUGUCAAGGGCAAGAAGAUCGAGGUCACCCCUAUUUGA